CUCGGUCUGCAAUUCUCGCAUCUCCUCUGAAGUAGGUAUUUUCAUUGUUGAGUGUUGGGUGCUGGCGCUCAGUGGUGGCGACUCCGUUUGUGCACCCGUCCGGAACCCCCGUCGAUUCUGCCACUGGCAGGUUAGGUUCCAUCCGCAUCCGAGGCUAGGCAGCGUUAGUUAUCCACAUUCGGCCCUCGUUCGCCAUGCGGCGCUCCUGGGGCGCGUUGUUUAAUUCGAGUAGGAGCCCCGAGGCAGCGGAGCCCGCUGGGGCCUAUCGAAAUAAGACCUCUGGUUGCAACCACAUCUCGCCUACUACGGCUCCAGCCGUUGAUUCGCCUUCUCCUCUCAACCACUCAUCGCGCUCACCCUCACCAUCUCAGCCGUCGACGCCCAGCUCGGCUUUCUCUGGCCACCCGGCCCCCCGCUGGAUUGCUAUCGCAACCUCCGACAGAAAUUCUCCCGCAUCCGCCUGGUGUGCGGGCGACGACAACAGCCGCAUUUGCGACAAGCUUGGUGACGCCGACCACGGCUUAGAGAACUUCGCAGACCUCGUUAUCGACGCCGACGCCGACGCCGACGCCAUGACGACCGGCCCCGAUCUCGGCUCGGCCAGUGGCCGCAGUCGCCAGGACUCGUUCGUCAGCGCAGGCGCAAAGCCCAUCUCGAUGACCAACCCCAAUCGUGAGCAUGCCAACCGCGGUCGGCGCGAAAGCCUUGCAGGUAGCAUGAUGGGCGGAAUGAGCUGGGGAGGCAUUUCGGUCGGGAGUUUCAUCCGGGAAGACAUGGUGAUGACAGGCACUUCGCCAUACAUUAACAAUCAGUCCUCCUCGUUUCACUCGUCUUCGUACAUCCCUAGGCUAGAGGCAAGCUUCAUGCGCGACUUUACCUGCUGCGACCGAACAUGGCCGACACUCCAUGACCUCCUCCAGCACUACGAAGAGAACCACCACCCAACGGCGACGCCCACCGCGUCGAGGGACGCCUUCGGUAUGCCUCAAGCCAAUUCUCGCGGCCCCGCUAGUCGUGCGGGGUCAGCUGUGCCGUCUGCUGGGAGAACGCAGCAGGCUUCACAGUCUCUGCAAGGGUUUCCGCAGCAGCGCCAAGUCGGCCUGGGCAUGGGGAUGGGCGGCAUCGGCCAAAUGAUGCGACAACAGCAGCAGCAGCAGCAGCAGCAGCAAGCGACGACGUCGUCGCAGAGGGUUAGUUCGUUGUCGCACAUGAAUGACGAGAUGGAUGCGGUGGGCGAUAUGGAACUGGACGAGGCCGUUGGGCCGAUGGACAUGGACGACAACACGCGGACAAUCCAGCAAACACGCCAACUCUUUGGGCAGCAACAGCGGCCGCAGCUGCAUCUGAACAGCUCCGGUCUUCCUCACCAAGCGCUCCGAACCUCGCAGCCUCCGACACCAGCGGCUGUUAGCUUUGGCUUCCAAAACAACCCGACCGUUUCAUCAGUCAACACACCUACUCUGGCGACACAGCAAGGCUUACCGCAACGAGACCCGUUCUCUCAGAACGGCGACGGUGAUGACGAUGACGAAAUUCCUGGCAUGCCGAUGAGGAUGAAUCUUGGGAACAUGAACCUGGGUGGCUCGCAACUGGGAGGCCUGGCCUUCGGUGCCAUGGGCACCAUCGAUGACCCCGCCAAGCGUCUCUUCAGUCCCGGGGGAACUACUCAGAUGACCAGCCAGCAGCGAGCACUUGACCAGCAACUCCAGCUGCAGCAACAGUUACAGCAGCAUCUACAGGCCAUGAACCUGGAUUUGAGCCAGUUCCCAGCCGGGACCGACCCCGCUUUGAUCCUACAGCAGAUGACGGCCUUGAUGAUGCCCCCCGCCGAAGAGCAUAAGCCCUUCAGAUGUCCCGUCAUUGGUUGUGAGAAGGCAUACAAGAAUCAAAACGGCUUGAAAUACCAUAAGACUCACGGACAUUCCACCCAACAACUCCAUGAAAACGGAGAUGGCACCUUCUCUAUCGUUAACCCGGAGACCAGUACUCCAUAUCCCGGGACUCUAGGCAUGGAGAAGCAGAAGCCUCACAAGUGCGACGUCUGUGGGAAGCGGUACAAGAAUCUUAAUGGACUCAAAUACCACAAACAACACUCGCCUAUGUGCGAUCCUGAUCUCCGGGCUCAACACCAAUCUCUCCUGUCUACCAUGAUGCAGAAUCCCGCAACAUUCCUUGCGCUUCAGCAGGGGCUGCCCAACAUCAACGAAGACACGAUGCUCUGAACGGCAAGAACCCGAACGAUUCUUGCAUC